AAAGNGUCUUACUGUUCCCAGCUUGGCCUCUCAGAUUCAGACAAGGAGAAAGUAACACAUGUCAUAAGAUGGAUAAAUUACAUCCAGAACAAAGAAGAAUUGUCAACAUUAUUUGCUCCAAUUCCUGUGGAGUUAUCAGUGUUUGACUUCGAGGUAUCAAAAAGUGUUCCUAAGGUGGAAGCAAAUUCUAAUACCAAAAAAGCUACUGAAGGUGUAAAGCCUGUUGACAAGUCAGAAGCGCAGCCGAUCACAAAGAAAACUGAGCCUGAGGAACCAAAGAAAAAGGCUACAACAGAGAAGGAUGCCAAAAAAGAAAAGAAGAAACCCGCUGAAACAGAACCAGCUAAAAAAGACGCGGAGCUUAGUGUCAGUUUGCUUAAUAUCCAAGUCGGUCUAAUUCGCAAAGCAUGGAAGCACCCAUCAGCAGAUAGUUUGCUGGUUGAAGAAAUAGAUGUCGGGGAGGACAAAGUGAGGCAAGUAGUUAGUGGCUUAGCAAAGUUUUGCAAUCCCGAUGAUCUGGGGCUAAACCAGGAGAGCGUGUUUCAUUUGCAGGGAUUGAAGGAAAGCCAGAAGAUGUACUAAACCCGAAAAAGAAGCAACUAGAGAAGAUAACACCGGGUCUCUACACUGAUGAAAAUGGCGUAGCCACAUACAAAGGCAUACCUUUCAUGACCUCAGCUGGACCUUGCACUUCCAGCAUCCCCAAAGCAACCAUCAAGUAGUGAACUUUAUACUCCUUUCUCUUCUCUUGCCUUUUUCUUUGAUAUCACAAACUCAGUUGGAAAAAAAGAAGAUAUGUUUUGUCACAAUUCGAAUUAAUCUCUAACUUUGUUCUCAUUAACCUGUUUUGACUCUCUUUUUCCUUAUGAGCUUUCUGCUACUGGAUUUAGAUUUUACUUUCUCCUUUCAA